AUGGACAUGUCUGCUAUUCCCCUCCCUCCACCUCCGCCGCCGUCGCACGAUUCGCCACCUUCGACCUCGCUCUCGUCGUCGCUGAGGAUGAGGUCGGCGUGGCCCAACCAGCCCGCCGCGUACAGCAACGCAGGACCAUCAACAUCGUCACCUCUGUCAUCUUCACCGACCAGUUACGCCCCGGGACCGUCCAUGGCGAGCACAUCGACCUCGAACGAUGGCGCCUUCGUUCCUAGACAACCCCGACGCUCAUCCCUGCUUCCGGCGGUGCCCUCGGGCUCCGCUCCGCACCAGCAGCAACCUCCUAGCCUCAAUGCUGCUCGAGUCGGUGGCUCAACUCCUCUGGGUCAGAGAACGGCCUCCCCGUUAGCGCCGAUGGCUCCUCCUGCUGUGGCGCCCCUGAGGCUACCGACGACACCAGCUCCGAUCGCCAAUAUUGCUACAGCGUCUUCGCCCACCACAGCGCCGUUCCCGACGACAACGUCGACCAAACGCGCCAAUCCGCUCGAGGAUCUCAUCUAUACGGAGCAGACCUACGUUGAUGAUUUGGGCAUGGUGAUCAAGGUACAGUCGCAUUCUUGAAGGGAUCCGAGCCCCGCGCGUUGCUCUACAUGCUGACACGAUCGGACCUACCGGAUCCCAAUCGUAGCGCGUCGCGGCUGCGUGGUCGCCCACGAACUUACCGCCGCCGGCCCUGGUGACCGUCUUUCGGUCCAUGCAUGCCAUCUACAAAACAAACGAUUUGUUUCUGACCGUGAGUUGAUUCUGUCUAUCGACCUAUUCCGAUCAUCGUCCUACUGGCCCGCUGACCUCGCCUUCCACACCGCUCGGGCUAACAGCGACUGGUCGACAUCGGGCCGAACCCUUCCUCGCCGAGAGCGCUCGGUGACCUCUUGAUGCGAUGGGUCGACGACCUUGCACCGUCCUACACCGACUACAGCAAAGCAUGCGCGACCGAUUUCGACCUGUUCCCUCCCGUGCAAGGGAAUCCCAAACUCGGGCCGCUGCUACAGCAACUGCCCUGGCCGGACACGCUCGACGAUGAUGACGAGCUGAGUGACGCGACGCACCUCACGCUCGAUGCGCUCUUCUCUUUGCCUCACAUCCGCCUCAAGUACUACAAAAAGCUCUAUGCGAAGCUGUUGCGGUCCGCAGUUGUGGGUGGACUUCUCGUGGACGCGAAUGCCCGCUUGGACGCGCUGUUGGAAAGCUAUGAGAAGGCCAGGAAAACGAGCGUGGUCGUGCUGCACGGUGGGGUCGAACCGACGGAGGAGGCACGCAGACGGGUCAGACGGAUGACACCGCCCGCUGAUAUGACGGCCAGUACGAGCACCAGCGCGGGGAACACAGCAGCUGCACAGAAUGGGCUCCGCAGCAGCGGGGAAAGUGGGACGGUCAACACGAGCUUUGAUUCGAGGUGAGUGGCUGCCCAUCUUACAGCGGUACGGUAUCAUGGUGGGGAAGUGGAUGCUGACCCAGUCGUAUUCAUCAGCGCCCGAUCGUCGUCUGCGACGGUACAAUCGUCUGUCACGGAUGGCUCGAACAAGACACAUACGCCCGCGACGACGGUCUCCGAAGGCCCGGCUUCGCCGCGGAUACAGGAUCUCGAACGGAGAUUGAACGCAUCGAGGGCUUUGGAUAUAUUCACGAUGCUUCCCAAGGUCAGUUUGCCGCAUCGGAUCUGAAACCACCGCUGGCUGGCGGGUAGAAAAGCGCCGACGCUGACGUAUUCUUCUUUGCCUCCUCACCAGAAAUGCAAACUCCAAAUGGCGCCCCCUUCCCUACCUUUUACGCGCUCUCUUCGGAGGGCGGGCGAUGUCACCCUUUCACUCUACCCACGGUCGGAUCCGAGGGGUAACAAGGUCGUUAUCGAUCGUGCCCACCUGUUCCUCCUCACGGAUCUGUUUCUCGUCUGUCAGCGCAUGACACCGCAAGAAAGGAUAGCCAACACGGGUGGCGAUGGAGACGACUCCGACUUCUGGCUCGUCUACCCUCCGUUGGCGGGCAAGCAUCUUCGGGUCGCUCGGUCACAAAGUGCGGAACACACUCUCGAGGUCACGAUCAUGAAGAAAGAGACGUUGAUCGUCCGUUUCCGCGAUGGGCGCACUCUCGAAGAGUGGAAAGAGUCGUUCGAAGAUGCUAUUGCGUUCGGUGCGGCCCAACCUUCCUCUGCGGCUGGUUCAAACUCUGUCGCAUCGGCGAGACCGACUGCAGCUACAUCUAGCUCCGUGCCGCCCGUGCUCUCCCCGACAGCACCCUACAGCCCUCUCAGCCUUGGUCAUAUGCCCGGAGGCCUACCAGCGAAGUCGUGGAACGAGGUGCACCCGCUUCCCGUGCGGUCCCCGGCGAGCCACCAGCACGAGUUUUCGGCACAACCUCGUGGGCCGUCCCCGAUCAAUGCUGGCUAUACCACAUCUCCGAGCGCUGUGCCGUCCUUCGUGCCUCCCUCUUCGUCCCCGCCGAUAGACAGACGAUUACCGGCUAUGAACAAGCUGACGAUCGACACCUCGCGUCAGCCGACUGUGCCGGGGUAUCAACAGGAUCGCCGCGCGUUCUCGGCAGGGCCACAUCCCAGCUCUCCUGCGUCGAGGCCCCCGCCGAAUGGGUACCCCAGCCCACAGUACGCACAACCCUCUUCUUCAUCGCCCAGACACUAUGGCCUGCCCGGCUCGGCGGCAUCAACCAACUCGAUCGGUCGUUCCGUCUCUCCCUCUCCACAAUCGGCAGCGUUCCAGUCGUCGAACGGAAACCAUGUGCCUUCCCUUAAUCAACCCGGUUCUUCUUCCGCUUACUCGGGACGCCAGUCACCCUACAACGGCUCUUCACAAGGUGGAUACGCAAAUGAGUACGGGCAAGGAAGACAGCGAUCGAAUUUACCGCCGCUACCACCUAACGGCAUUCCAGAUCGGCUGGUCAAGUCGACGUCAUCUCGAUCGAAUGGAUCGUCAGCGUCGUCGGGGACGCACUACUCUUCGAACCAUCAUGAGAUCCCGCCCGUGCCCUCCAGUGCCAGGUCGUCUGCGAACGGUAGCGUCGGUGGCGACCCACGCUUCAAUAUGGGCCGAAGCCAGGACAGUUACCGCAGCGCCGACAACUAUAGCCACGGAGGGAUGCUCGGCCCACCUUCUCAUGCCGUUCAUCGCUCGAGGUCGGCCGACGGUCUGCGUGAUCCUCGCGAGUAUCUACCGUCUGCGUAUGCCGCUAGCUCUGCGCCUGGAAGUUCCUACAACGGCUUCGAUGGCCGACGCCGGGAACGCAACUCGAUGGACUUUGACCCCGACGUCGACGACGAUGAAGCCGACGCGAGUGCGGCGAUCGAACGAGCUCGGAAGGAACAGGCGUCCGUGAUCGCGCAGAUGAGGUGCAAGGUUUUCCUGCAGCACGGACACGAACAAUGGAAGUCGCUCGGCACGGCCAAGCUCAAGUUGUUCCUCUCCAAACCUUCGUUGACGAAGCAACUCGUCGUCGAUUCGGACAAGAACAAGACCAUCAUCUCGACGAUCAUUUUGACCGAUGGGGUGGAGCGCGUUGGCAAGACGGGCGUCGCGAUCGAGUUGAGCAACCAGGGGGAGAAGACGGGCAUCGUGUAUAUGCUGCAGAUGAAGACGGAGCAGAGUUGCGUCGGCUUGUUCGAUCAGUUGCUCAUUGGGUCGGAUCGCGCUUCGGCGGCCAAGCGUCGGUAG